AUGGCGGCCACCGGGCACUCUUGCUUGCUCAUGCUGCUUCUCCUCGCGAGUUUCGUCGCUGAUGGCCAGCCAGUCUCCAUGCCCAACACCGAGGCUGCCGCGGACCACCUUGCGCUGGUGUCAUUCAAGUCGCUGAUAACCAGCGACCCGUCGUCAGCGCUGGCCUCAUGGUCAUGGGGCGGCAACCGAUCGCUCCCGCUGUGCCGGUGGCGCGGCGUGACGUGCGGCGCUCGGGGCAGCCAUCGUGGGCGUGUCGUAGCCCUGGACCUCAGCAACCUUGGCCUUUCAGGCGCCAUUGCCCCUUCGGUAGGCAAUCUCACCUACCUGAGAAAGCUCCAUCUUCCCAUGAACCGGCUCGCUGGCACCAUACCGUCGGAGCUUGGCCGCCUCGUCAACCUCCGGCAUGUCAACCUGAGCUACAACUCCCUUGAAGGCGGCAUCCCGGCGUCACUCUCACAGUGCCAUCAGCUCGAGAACAUCAGCCUGGCAUACAACAACCUCACCGGGGGAAUCCCUCCAGACAUGGGUGAUCUGCCCGGCAUGCGCCGGCUCCAGGUGCAGUACAACAUGCUCGACGGCCCGAUACUCCGCUCGUUAGGCUCGUUACGCGGCCUCGAGCUUCUUCAUGUCUCCAACAACAGACUUACAGGAAUGAUCCCUUCAGAAAUUGGCAACCUCACCAACCUAGUAAGCCUUAACCUCAACUACAAUCACUUGACAGGUUCAGUCCCUUCUUCUCUUCGUAGCCUUCAGAAAAUCCAGAAUUUGCAAGUGAGAGGGAAUCAACUCACGGGGCUAAUUCCAUCAUUCCUGGGAAACCUCUCGGCGUUAGCCGUUCUUAAUCUUGGAACCAACGGAUUUGAAGGGGAGAUUGUGCCAUUGCAAGCACUGUCAUCUCUGUCUGUCCUUGUUUUGCAAGAAAAUAAGCUUCAUGGUGGCCUCCCUUCCUGGCUAGGAAACCUCUCCUCGCUGGUAUACCUAAGCUUGGGAGGAAAUAGCUUCACUGGGUAUAUUCCUGAAUCAUUAGGAAACCUUCAGAUGUUAUCUGGUCUUGUUCUCGCGGAAAACAGUCUUACCGGCACCAUUCCUUCCUCCCUCGGAAACCUUCGCGCUCUUUCCGACUUAUAUCUCGACAAAAAUCAGCUCACCGGACAAGUUCCUUCUUCCAUUUUCAACAUGUCCUCUCUAAGAAUAUUUAAUCUACAGUUCAACCAGCUAACUGGAUCGUUGCCGACUGGGAAAAAGGUCAGCUUUCCAGUACUCGACAUAUUUAAUGUAGGGGAAAAUAGGUUUCAGGGUGUUAUUCCACCUUGGCUGUGCAACUGUUCCAUGCUUACCAAAAUUGCAGUAGAAGUGAAUAUGAUCUCUGGAACGGUCCCGCCUUGUCUUGGAGAUAACCUGAAAAGCUUGUCGAUCCUGACCCUUGGACAAAACCAACUACUGGCAAAUGAAGAUGAUGGCUGGGACUUCUUGUCCAGUUUAACCAAUAGCAGCCGUCUGAAGAUUUUGGAUUUCAGCAGCAACAGAUUUCAUGGCAAGCUACCAAAUUCAGUAGCCAAUCUUUCUACAGAACUGCAAGCUUUCAACAUAGCCAACAACAUGAUAAGUGGCAACAUUCCUGAUCGAAUUGGGAACCUUGUUAAUUUAUCAUACCUUUUGAUGAACAUCAACUCUCUUGAGGGUACUAUUCCUUCCUCUCUUGGUAGACUCCAGAGGCUGAGCUACUUAGAUCUUGGUAUGAACAAUCUCUCAGGGCAAAUUCCACCAACCCUCGGCAAUCUCACACUGCUGAAUAAACUCUAUCUUGGAACAAAUUCACUUAGUGGACCUGUUCCAUCCAGUCUUAGCAACUGUCCUUUAGAACUAUUGGCUGUUCAGCACAACAAGCUCAGAGGUCCGAUUCCAGAGGAAGUCUUUCUCAUAUCCACCUUGUCUAACUUCAUGUACUUCCAAAGCAACUUGUUUAGUGGGUCACUUCCAUUGGAGAUCGGUAGCUUGAAACAUAUUGCAGACAUCGAUUUAUCUGAUAAUCAAAUUUCUGGUGAGAUCCCUGCCUCCAUUGGUGAUUGCCAAAGCCUACAAUUUUUAAAGAUGCAAAGGAACUUCCUUCAAGGGAGAAUCCCGGCAUCAGUGGGACGGCUGAAAGGCCUUGAAGUACUUGAUCUCUCACAUAACAACUUGUCAGGAGAAAUUCCUGAGUUUCUUGGGAGUAUGAAAGGCCUUGGUAGUCUGAACCUGUCAUUCAACUCCUUUGAAGGUGAAGUCCCAAAAGAAGGAGUAUUUCUUGAUGUAAACGCAACCGCGGUUGAGGGAAAUCAAGGACUGUGUGGUGGUAACCCUGGAAUAAAGUUGCCACCAUGUUCCACCCACACCAACAAGAAACAGUCUUCGAAGCUUAUCAUGAUAAUCUCCAUAAGCAGUGCAGUCCUAUUGAUCAUCGUCCUUUUAGCAUUGUUUGCAUUCUGGUACAGAAGGACCAAGUCACAACAAGCUAACUCAGACUUGUCACUCAUCAACGACUUGCACAUCAGAGUAUCUUAUGCUGAAUUAGUCAAUGCGACAAAUGGUUUUGCUUCUGAGAACCUCAUCGGAGUAGGAAGCUUCGGUUCGGUGUACAAGGGAAGAAUGAUGAUCCACGACCAACAGGUCACUGUUGCUGUCAAAGUGCUUAAUCUCCAACAACGUGGGGCAUCUCAGAGUUUUGUUGCAGAAUGUGAGACACUGAGAUGUGUUCGACGUCGGAACCUUCUGAAGAUCUUGACGGUCUGCUCAAGCAUGGAUUUCCGGAGCCAAGAUUUCAAGGCUCUUGUGUAUGAAUUUCUACCAAAUGGAAAUUUAGACCAAUGGAUACAGAAGCCUUAUGAAGAAAAUGAUGGAGACCGGGUGCUAAAUCUCAUCGGAAGGCUCAGCAUCACCAUUGAUGUAGGUUCUGCACUUGAUUAUCUUCACCAACACAGGCCAUUGCCAGUAAUUCACUGUGAUCUCAAGCCAAGCAAUAUCCUCCUUGAUAGUAACAUGGUUGCUCAUGUUGGUGAUUUUGGGCUUGCAAGAGCCCUGCGUCAGGAGGGUAGUGAUUUCUUAGAGAAAUCAAGUGGCUGGGCUACAAUGAGAGGAACAGUUGGCUAUGCUGCUCCAGAGUAUGGUUUAGGCAAUGAAGUUUCGAUCCUGGGUGAUGUCUAUAGCUAUGGGGUGCUGUUGCUGGAGAUGUUUACUGGGAAAAAGACCAACAGACGGCAAGUUUGGAGAAGCUCUAGGUCUUCACAAAUAUGUUCAGAUGGCACUUCCAGACAGAGUGAUCAAUAUUGUGGAUCACCAGUUAUUAACAAAAGACAAAGAUGGAGAAAGAAACACCUCAAACCCUGACUUAAAAGGAGAAAUAACAAUUGCUUGCAUCACUUCAAUUCUGCAUAUUGGACUAUCAUGUUCAAAGGAAAUUCCUACAGACCGCAUGCAAAUUGGAGAUGCUUUAAAAGGGUUGCUGACAAUAAG